UACAAAUCAUGGAAGGAGGAAGUGACUUGAAACUGCUUCUAAAAUGUCCCGAAGAAGACGUCUCUAAGUUCAUACAUGGCCUAAUAGAUGGCGUUUGUGGAAAGAUGGCUCUGAGUUAUGCAGACUACAGCUCCAUCUGGGGAAUGGAUGAUUGGUGGAGAGUCAAGGAUGGUUACUCAAAUCUUAUCAAGCACGCCAUGAAAUAUGACCUUAGGACAAAAGAUGAGUUAUCAAAGGCUUGUGAAGAAGUGCCAUCUAGUAUCAUGCAGCAAAUCACAGAUUCAUUGUGGGUGCGACGAGAAGAUAUACGACGUAGCUUAGUAGAAGCGACAUGUGCAGUUUCACAAACAUACCUCACUGAUUUCGAUUGGCAGCUUAAAUUAGCAAUGUCCAGUGAUAAGAUAGCAUCAGUAAAACAGCCCCUUGUGUCAGUAGACCUUACAUUACAAGAAAAGGGAAAGACGAAGAAUAUUGCAGUUGAACUAAACAAAGAAGACUUACAGAAUAUGAUAGCAUCUUUAGAAAAAGCAAACAAGACAAUACUCCAGUUAAAGACAUAGCAGAUCAUGUACCGCAAAGAUUUUAAAGUUGAUAAUGGUGAACAAUUAUUAAACCAAACAUGAAUAAUGAGUGUACUGAUGAAUAAUGAGUGUAUGAGUGCAUAUACAAUAUGAACGCACAGGGUGAUUAAUGAGUGCAGAUGCAAUAAGCAAUGAGUGCACAUGAGAUGAAUAAUGAGUGUACAUACAAGGAAUAAUGAGUGCACAUGAGAUGAAUAAUGAGUGCACAUAAAAGGAACAAUGAGUGCACAUGAAAUGAAUAAUGAGUGCACAUACAAGGAACAAUGAGUGCACAUGAGAUGAAUAAUGAGUGCACAUACAAGGAACAAUGAGUGCACAUGAGAUGAAUAAUGAGUGCACAUAGAGUGAAUAAUGAGUGCACAUACAAAUAACAAUGAGUGCACAUAUGAUGAAAUA